AUGGGAUCAGGUGCCAUUGGCUUUGCAACCACUGAGGCGAUGCCAUAUGCCUCGAUGCUGAUCACCCAAUUCGGAGGAGAUGAAUUCGACUCAGGCAGUUGUUUGGCCUUCGCGCCCAAGCACCGGACGGGAACUGGCAACACAGUGACCAAGCGAGACUGGCAAGUGCCCAGCCCAGACAGCACCGAUUUCGUCAAGCUGGAGCCUUGGGGAGUGCCCUGCGACAACCAGUGGGCCAAGGACAACCCGACAAAGUGGGAAGGCUACUCGUUCUACACUUACAAAACCGUCAUCGAGAAGUGCGUGGCGGUGUCCUACACCAUGUCCGCCCAACCAGUUCUCGCCUUUGUGGGUGGCCUGGAAUUUGACUUGAUGCCAGCUCCUUUGGCUGAAGUCAGCACAGAGGUAUGCUGGCCAGACCGAGUGACGGCACCAGAUUUAUCUCUCAUCAUCACAACUAUCAGGACCGCAGGCAUCGUCCUUUUCAAGCACACCAUCCGGCUUCAUAAGCGUUUUGGCGGCCAUACCUCCUUUGAUGCAGGGCACAUCAAAGACACCAUUGAGCGGGCUCGCAACUACUUCGGGAAGGGCACCAGUGCUGAUGACGACAAAGCAUUGCAAGGCAUGUCACGAACUGCGUUGAACCAGGUGGCGAACGCGUCCAAUCAGCGCACAAGUGUGAACACGACCUCCACCAGACGCCCAACGAGAAGCAAAGAUGAGUUUGACCCUGAGUCAGAGGAGCUUUACAUCGCAUCAGCUCGAUAUGGGAAAGAAGGCGUCAAGGUGACUGAGAGCUUUCGGGGGCGUGAGGCAGCCGAACUCGUCCGCGCUGCGAUGAAGAAGGCUUCGAAAAACCUGACUGUAUUGCAGGAAGGUGAAGAGGGCGAUGAAGAUACCGCCAUGGGGAAUCACAAGCUUUGGGAGAUAGGAAGCCCAGCUGGUGCUUUGGUAGGUUUCAGCAUCAUUGGUCAGCUCGCUGCUGGCGUCAUGCAGAUGAAGGUGCAAAUGAGCUUCGGCCCUUUAGACUCGCCCGCGCGGACCGUGGAUUUGCUGAAUCUCGUUGAUCAUCUCCGGGUGGUUCUAGCUGCCAUUCCCUUUGUGUCGCAGGCCAGCAAGGAGAAAGCCAUAGAUGCGUUGACUACGACAAACCUUGAGAGUCAAAUACCGCAGAUCGACAUCAAGGGUGCUUUGCCGUUGGUGAACGGUUGGGCUCCUUAUGGAGGUUGGUUUGGCAGUCCAAUCUAUCGCUUGAGGGAUGGUGUGUGCUCUGUUCAAGGCGUGGUGGCAGGCACGAAUUGGGGACAUAUUGCCACUCUUCCACCUGAAUGCCGGCCGGACCAAGUCUUGCUCUUCAAUGCCAACAACCACGACAGCUCAGCCCGCAUUGAUGUUCUGCCAGAUGGCAGGGUGAAUUGGGUGGCAGGUGGACACAGUUAUGGAUGGGUUAGCUUGAGCAACCUGGUCUUCGUCCCAGGCAGCAGCGGUUGGCCAGUGCCUUUGGUGAAUGGUUGGGCGUCCUACGGUGGAGAUUUUGGCACGCCGACAUACAAGCUGAAGGGAACCCUUUGCGUAGUUGACGGCCUGAUUCACGGCGGGACUUGGGAUCAUUUGGCCACUCUUCCAGAAGAAUGUCGCCCAACCAAGAGGCUCCUCUUCAAUAUGAACAAUCAUGAAAGGUCCACCCGUGUGGAUGUGUUUCCAACCGGCGCUAUUUCGUAUGUUGAUGGUGGAAACAGCCAUGGUUGGGUGAGUCUUGCCGGCAUCAUCUUCACCACGAAGAGCUUGCAACAGCAGCCACUGGCCUUGGCUUCGGGCUGGUCGCUGUUGACAUUGCCGGAAUGGAAUCUACCCAUAACCUAUUCAGUUGCUGAAGGUUUGUGCAUCCUUGAGGGCCUCGUAUCUGGCACCGCUUGGGGGCAUGUCAUUACGAGCCUUCCUGUGGAGUGUUGGCCUAUGCGAACACUGAUCUUUGGAACCAAGAAUGGUGGUGAUGUCAUUCAACGUGUCGAUGUUGACGUCGAAGGCAAUGUGAAACACAUUUCUGCAGGUAGUGCAUUGAAUUCAUGGAUCAGUCUGGCUGGCAUUGCCUUUGCCCAAGAGACUUCAGGUGUAAGGCUCCUGCCACUCAGGACGAGUUGGGUCAGUUGGGGUCAAGGAUUCGGAGAGGCCACCUUCAACAUGAAGAAUGGGAUGUGUAUGCUGGAGGCCAUAGUGCUAGAUGGUGCAGCCUGGACACUGUUUGCACAGCUCCCGGAGGGCUGUCGGCCUACGAAGCAGCUGAUCUUCGCUGUAAAUCACCACAGCUACCAGCAUCGAGUGGACGCCCACCCCGACGGCAGAAUAACAUGGGUCGCAGGGCCACAGCAUUUCAACUGGGUCAGCCUGAGCAAUAUCGCCUUUGCACCUGGCACUGUGGGACACAUCACCUUGCCAUUGCACAAUGGUUGGAGCGCCUAUGGUGGGGCCUAUGGCAGUCCUGACUAUACGGUGCGAAACGGAAUUUGCUCACUGGAGGGCCUUGUAUUCAAGAGUGGUGGCUUUUUCGUUCAGCACAUAGCAACGCUGCCUGAAGAUUGCAGGCCAAGCGCGAUCCUGGUGUUCAAUGUUGACAAUCACGGCGCGACGUCUCGGGUGGACAUCAAUCGCGAUGGUAUUGUGACCUGGGCAGCUGCUGGAGGUCAUCAGGAGUGGGUGGCUUUGUCCGGCAUUGUCUUCAGUCCCAUGAGCAGCGGAGCUUCUGCAUAUCCGAUUCCUCUGGCCAGUGGCUGGCACAACUACGGGAAUGGGUUUGCAGACGCUGCGUACCAUGUGGUGGACGGGAUUUGUACUGUGGAGGGCCUGAUUUACGGUGGCACUUGGGGUCAUUUGGCCACACUUCCAUCAGACUGCCGACCAAGCAAGGUCUUGAUCUUCUCCAUGAACCACCAUGACUCGCAGCUGCGGGUGGACGUUCGGGCCAAUGGUGAGAUCCACUACAUUGCUGGCACCGUGACCUACGACUGGGUGAGUUUGUCUGGCAUUUUAUUUGAAACUGUGCAGUGA